AUGCGUGUGAUGGAAUUAAAUGAGGUGACGGACUCUGAGGACACAGUGACUGUCUUAGGUGAAGUAGUCCCUUCCAACAAUAUCCUGUCAGCAAACUUGCGACGAUCAAUGUAUAACAAGCGCAAACUUCAAGUGUCAGCUCAUAUAUCUGGGAAAAAGAUGCGCCAGGUGGGACCUUGUAAGAUGAAGUCGAUCGACGGCGGUGGCAACAUAAAACACACGCAGACCGCAAUGGCCGGUCUUCGCGCGUUGGACGGUACUGGCGAUAGGCAAUGGUCACUAGGUGAAGACGUGUCCGGAGUGGACAAUGACGAUAUAUUUCCCGGUUACUCAAUGGACAAGUUAUACUUUAUCGGCCAAAACAUGCACCGGCACGAUGAAGAAGUCGUGAUCCCGGGUAAAUCCAUCAAGAUCGGUGAUGUGAGAACCGUGUUCGAACAAAGGUCAUGGUUGACCGAUGAAGCAAUCUCCAACUACAUGCAGUUAAUAAUAGACCGGGAUCCCUGUAAUGUGUACGCUUUCGAUACGUACUUCUACACAAUACUAUCUUCUUGCGGUUACGAUGCUGUCAAUAAUAGAGAAUACAAAAAAGACAUCUUCAAUUAUGAUAGAGUCCUGAUACCAAUCUAUGAGAAAUAUCACUGGACCCUAGUGUGUAUUUAUUUCAAAGACAAAAUCAUUAAAUAUUACGACAGUGUAGGUGGGAAAAAUCUACAGUGUCUAAAAGUAGUUUUAGACUACUUGAAAAUGGAAAGCAGGAAAAAUAUUGGUAACGAAUUCAAUAGCGAUGAGUGGCAGUUAUUGCACGCUGAAGAUUGUCCGAAACAACUUAACGAUGACGAUUGCGGAGUUUUUACCUGUGCAAACGCGGAAUACUUGGCCAGAGGAGUGAAACUGACCUUCAACCAGAGCGAUAUACCAAUGCUCAGACAUAGAAUAUGUUAUGAAAUACUGACAAGUCGCUUAUUGUUCGGUCUAGAUGCCCCGGACCCACGGCUGAAAAUGUCUAAUAUCAAUAGAUAA